AUGGAGGAAGAAGGUGCUGCUGUAGGAGUUAAUUAUGGACUGUUAGGAGAUAAUCUUCCACCACCAAGCAAUGUGGUGAACCUCUAUAAGCAAGAAAACAUCCCUCUCGUAAGAUUAUUUGAAGCGAAACCAGAGGUGCUAAAUGCCCUAAGAGGGUCAGGAUUAAAAGUUUCCUUAGGAGUGAAAAAUGCAGAUGUAACCAGCAUUGCUACGGAUGUGCAUAGUGCCGCAGCAUGGGUGAACUCCUUAGUUGUCCCUUUCGCGAAAGAUGUGAAUAUUGGAUGGGUCACGGUAGGCAACGAGCUGGUGUCAGAAGACCCCACUGCUGCGCUUAUCACCCAAGCCAUGGGCAACAUACUAAAUGCCCUUAACGCGGCGCAACUUACUGGCAUUCAGGUCUCGACAGCUAUUAGUGGCAGGGUACUCGGGGUUACUUACCCGCCCUCUGCAGGGGACUUCAACGAUCAAUCCAAGGAAAUUAUGAUCGCGAUAAUUAAAUGGCUCCAAAGUACUAAUAACCCUCUUUUCAUCAAUGUGUACCCUUAUUUUGCCUUCGCAUCUAGCCCUACGGAUAUACCAUUAGAUUAUGCUCUUUUCAAUGCACAAAAACCUGUAAUCGAUGGGCAGUACACUUACACUAGCUUAUUCGAUGCUAUGGUUGAUUCAUUCUAUGCCGCCUUAGAUAAAAAUGGAGGAGAAAAUUUGGCAGUCGUCGUGUCUGAGACUGGGUGGCCUGCUGCAGGAAAUGAGCCUUAUACAACUAUACAAAUUGCACAAACUUAUAAUCAAAAACUGAUUGAUAAAGUGAAAGCAACCGGAACACCAAGAAGGCCGUCGGCUUUAAUAGAUUGCUUUAUAUUUGCUAUGUUUAACGAGAAUCAAAAGGAGGAAGGGGUUGAACAGAAUUGGGGACUUCAUUAUCCAAACGCAAACCCUGUUUAUCCAUUGAUAUUCUGA